GGGAGAUGUUGGAAUCCUUACUAACUGCUAACUAAGUAGAGUUGAUCUAAUCUUACAAGAAGAUGUUUUGGGCAGAACCUGAAACAAGGUACUAAGUAGAACUACCCAUAAUCCCUCUCUCUGGAAGGAGCAUAAAUAGGCCAAUGGGCCAGUCGGAGAAGUUCUAGAGAGUAAAGACGCUACAAGUCGAGAUUUCACUGGAAUGACAUGAAGACUGGAGCUGGCUGGAGGCUGAAGAAAGCAGAGGCAGAGGCUGAAGGACCAGACCUUUGGAUUUAAAGACAUUUGGAGAGAGCUCUUGGAACCAAGCAGAGAGAUAGGCCUCUAAGCUAACCGGGUUAUAUUGGAAACAAUAAAAGAUCUGAACUCUUAUCACCUGGCUGCUUUUUGAGAAGAAAAAGCUCACCACAUUUUGGCGCCCUGAACGUGGGACAAACAGACCCCUCAGUGGAUUUCAGUGGAAAAGCUCCGAUCCUGAUUCAAGUGGAAAAGACUCUGAUCCUGAUCCAGUGGAAAAAACUUCAACCCAGAAAUUAGGGUGAGUGCAACAAAGAAAUUUUGUUAGAAGAGUUAAAGUAGAAUUUCAUCUAAGAUGGGACAGAUAUUUAGAAAACAGCCUGUUUCUGUUCAAGGGAAAUGUUUAGAGAGCAUUGUCAAAGUUAUGGAAAGCCAAGGUUUAAUUAUAAGUUUACAGCAAAUCACUGAACUUUUACAAACUGUAAAGGACAUAUGUCCUUGUUUCUCUCUUGAUAAGGAAUUAGAUCUAAAUGAAUGGAAAUUGGUUGGAGAGGAUCUUUGUCAAUUCUAUGAUAAAAAUGGGCCUAACUCAAUAAUUAAUACAUAUAAUGUAAUACAAUUGGCUAUAAGAAGUUAUUUAAGUGAUAGAAUGAUGAAAAGGAAAGUACAGGAGGAAAAAGUGCCAACUUUACUAGGUGAAAAGGAGGAUGAAUCAGAUGAGAAUGGAGUUAAUUACAAUUCUGAGUAUGACACUUCACAGCAGGAGGAAUUAGAUGAUUCCACAUCUCAUGACCCUCCCCCCGCAAUUAACCCUUCAUGGGUGGAACAAGGGGAAGGGAGAGAGACAGAAACACAGUCAGCUUCUCCUGUAAAGCAGAAUUUGACAAGAUUAGAAAAAGCAUUAAUUAAAGCAAAAAAUGAAGGAGAAGAUAUAUCUGAUUUUAUAAAUGCAUAUCCUGUGAUUGAAGAGCUCAACUCCUCAGGUCAAAAAGAGAGAAAAUACACUCCUUUUAAUUUGGGAAAAAUUAAAGAUUUGAAAAAGGCUUGCACUCUUUAUGGGGCUACAUCAUCUUAUGUGAAGAUGUUACUGGAUAAUUUGUCUUAUGAACUCUUAACCCUGAAUGACUGGAAAUCCAUCACUAAAACAUGUCUUGAACCGGGACAAAAUUUAUUGUGGCUUUCAGAGUUUCAUUAAUUAUGUAGGAUUCAAGCCACCAGAAGAGCAGUGUCCAGUGCGAGCAGCUCCACUAUCUUUAGAUAAUCGUCAGGUGAUGUGGAGAGAUCCAGAAAGUGGUGAAUGGAAGGGACCAGAUAGGCUAACUGCUUGGGGGAGAGGAUUUGCUUGCAUCUCUACACGUGGAGAAGGAAUCAGACAGGUGCCUUUUAUAGCCAGGCUAUGAUGCAGACUUCCCAAAAUCCAAACAUGAGAAGACAGAGUCCCUCUUGGCAAGGGACUUCCAGAGACACUCGUAGAUGCUUUCAGUGUGGAAAAGUAGGACAUCUGAAAGCUCAAUGUUGGUAUAGAGAUAGAAUGGGAAAACAAGGUGGGAGAACAAGACCCCAAACCCCAUGUCCAAAAUGCAACAGAGGCUUCCAUUGGGCCUCAGAAUGCAGACAGAUUCAGGGAAACCGGAUGAGGGGCCCAAGGCAAAAAACACUUGGGGCAUGAUGGCAGCCAAUGGUGCACUCAGAGAGUGCCUAGAAGUCCAGUACCCAGACAUGACCAAUCAGCCAGAAAGCCAUAUGAUGGGAGAAGGGGAUUACACAGUCAACCAGCCAGGAAGCAACCUGAUGGCAGAAGGGAAUUACAAUUGAGGAGAAUAGAGCUGUAUGCAGCUGGGACAACUGAGAUACCCCCUGGAGAGGUGAAAUCUGUUCCUCUCCAGCCUAUGGAUCCCCUACCUCCAGGCACAGUAGG